AUGUGGAGACUACGAGCUGACAGAAAAAUUAGAGUUAGACCACCUACAGAAUGGGCAGACGACAAAUAUGACAGGGGUAGAGUAUGUUCUUUUACAUGUUCAAGAACCGAUUUUGUAUGUAAUUCGAAAGCAGCACAGAAAAAGUCCUCAGCAGAUUAUUAUAUUAUUGCUGGUAUUGUCUAUCAGGCUCCUGAUCUAGCAAGUGUUUUGAACUUCAGACUGUUAUCUGCUGUACACUAUCUGCAAUCAUCCUUUGAGGAAUCUUCGGGUUUUGCCAAGUAUCAUCCCAGUAAAGGCUAUUCUUGGGAUUUUAAAUCUCAGCGAGCAGCUGAAAAAGUAAAAAAAGAUGAAAAGCCAAGGGAGGAACCUAAUUCGUUAUUUCAAAGACAAAGGGUUGAUAUGUUACUAGGAGAAUUGAUAAGAAAAUUUCCCUUACCUGCUCCCCCUCAGCCUAAAAUUGCACCAGUUCCACAAAUUAAACAAGAACCUGACAAUGGAGCUCCCGAGAAUAAGGAGAUCAAAAAGGAGUGUCAUCAACACCGAGAGCUUUUGCUAAAUCAAGUCUCAACGGUAAAAGUAAUACCAACCCAAAUCGCUCACCUCACAACUAUCCUCUCCACCAACGUCGAGCUACAAUGCAAGGUCGGUGAAACACUGUGCGAUCUUAAAAUCCAGAUCACCUCCAAACACGUACCCACACCCAGAAACCAGAUGGAUGUCCCUGUAGUUCGGCUACAAUGGGUUAUAUCUCGUGCCAAUCUCCCUACCUCUUUUGUCAAACUGGUCACCUCAAGUGAAUUAAAACACAGAGAUGCUGACCAAGGGCAUUUUCAUGGACGAACUCCCUCUGAGCUCCCCCUAAAUUCCAACCCUGUGCCUAAGUAUUGUGGCAAGUGCUGUCAAAACGAGAAACAGUGCAGGUACCCAUGCCUCCGCAGAAAGGAACUCCCAAAAUCCCUCCAAGAAUUACCACUGAAAGAAGAAUUUCCCCCUAUGAACUGA